AUGUCCACAUCAACGACAGCAUCACAACGAGUAGCCUGUAUUUGGGGUGCCAAUGGAAUAUCUGGCAUUGCUAUGAUUGAUGUUCUCCUUAAACAAUCGUCAGAUGCAUGGAAGCAUAUUAUUUGUAUAUCUCGAAGACCAUUUCAAUUAAAUAUUAACGAUAAACGGAUUCACUUUAUUUCUAUUGAUAUUCUUGAUGCUACAGUCGAUGAUAUUGUUCAUGAAUUGGAAAAAGUGAGUGGUCACACAAUAACAGAUGUUUUUCAUUACACAUAUAUCCAGAAAAAAGACGAAGAUGAAUUAGAUCAAGUGAAUAGAAUUUUAUUAGAGAAAGCAUUAGAUGCUUGUGUGAAAAUUGCUGGCCGAACAAUUCAGACAUUUUCUUUACAAACAGGAUACAAAUAUUACGGCGUUCAUAAAGAUAAAGAAGAUUUAGCUGAAUUGCCAUUUAUUGAAGAUGCUCCGCGUCAUAAAGGCACGAAUUUCUAUUUCACACAAGAAGAUCUUCUAAAAGAUUACGCAGAAAAACAUGGAUGGAGAUAUAUAAUUACUCGUCCAUCAACUAUUAUUGGUGUUGCUAAAGGCAACUUUAUGAAUUUUGCUGUGACAGUGGCCUUAUAUGCCACAAUACAAAAAGAACUUGGUCAACCAUUAUUAUUUCCCGGAAGCGAAAAAACGUGGAAUAGAAUAUCAGAUCAUUCGACAGCUUCAAAUAAUGCAUGUUUUCAGUUAUGGGCAGUAUAUUUCAAUAUUCCACAUCAUGAACAAAUAUUAAAUGAAAAUGAACCACAAAUAAAAUUAGCAGAAUAUAUGCCGCAGCAUAGAGAUGUUUGGAUUCGUAUUGUUCAAAGAGAAAAUCUUGAUGAGAAAGCUUUUGAUUAUGCUACAUGGGCUUUUGCAGAUGGUUCUUUAAAGUCAGCUAAUGAUAGACAUGGUGAUUUAAGUAAGGCACACCGAUUUGGUUGGACAACACAAGCAGAUACAUUCGAUGGUUUUGCCCAAUGUUUUGAUCGUUUGAAACAAUUAAAAAUGAUUCCAUCGUGA